AUGUUGAGUCUUUCGACUCUUCUCACUUCGCUCAUAUGGGCUCUUGCUUUGAGCCAUUUCGUCGAAGCAGCGCCUGCUUCGAAGCCUUCGUGCACUUCCAAUGAUCCUGCUCUUGUCGCAAUCAAGAACGACUUCGGAUCACCCCUGGCUUUCUGUCAGUGGUGGUCCGGGGCAUCAUACAUCCCGUCUAGCCCCAUCGAUGGUGUUGCUACUGCCGAUAUCAGCAGGGCCUGUAAAUGUAUCAACUCAAAUCCCGCGCUUCUUGGUAAAGCCACAACGACCGCGAUGGCCUCGUCGACUGGCGUAAGCAAAGUGCCAAACCUGGAUGCACUUCGAAAGCUGGUCGCUCAGCCUCUUCCUUUCUGCAAGUUCUGGUUCAAUGCUCCUGUGCGAAAGGGUAGUCCAUUCGUCGCACUUCCUGCUCCAGUGGUCUCCCAGGUCUGUAAGGUGGUUACUGCUACCCCCGCACUGGUGACCAGUACUUCGAAGUCUACCAAGGCAGCUUCGACUAGUAAGAAGACACCAUCGUCUUCCUCAUCCACAACCAGAAUCUCAAGCUCGACCAAGGCUCCAUCCUCCUCAGUGGCUACAACUGCGAACGCUGCACCAACUAGCAAGGUCUCCAGCAGCUCCACCAGAUCUACUAUACCUUCAUCCAAGCCUGCUAUCUCCUCUGUCAAAAGUGUAGUUAAGUCAAGCUCAUUGACCUCAUCGUCCUCUUCAUCGACCUUGUCUUUAGCGUCAAGCUCUUCAAGCACUCUGACUUCUGUGGUGAGUGCACUGCCUACGCCGGUUGCGGAAGGUACGGUGUUCACUGCUUCGGAAGUCACAUUGCCGCCAGCGCCUACUGCUAGCUUGGGAGCUAUCGCACCACCUGGACUUGACCUGAACAAUGUCGAGAAUCUGACCCCGGCCCCUCAAGCGGACCUGUACUUUGCUGGCUCUCACAACGACGACAACUCCACUACAUCUGUUGCCAAGGUUGGCGUUGCGUUUCAACAUCCUUCAGUCGUCCUUGACCACACAAGCUAUAUCAAGAGCGUUCAUUGCGACAGUUCGAGCAUUACCAUCGUAUUCAAUGACCUUUCGGCAUAUCAACACUCAAAGACAGAGUGGCAGAUUGAUGGCCACUUGAUUCUGGUCACGUCCGAAGACUCUUGCGGUGCGAACGGAACCAGUACCAUGUUCAUAACUCAAUCAUUCACAUUCGACGCCUCCAAUCUCAUUGCAGUCGGUGCAGGCAAAGAGGCUAAGCUGGCUGACAUCUUUGACACUUUCGACAUGGACUUUGGAACAAUCACAACAUCCAACACUUCUGCUCCAAGCUGUGGUCCUAUGAAUGGCACCACCGAUGGCUUCCCUUCAGCUGCUUGUGGCGAUUCGUUCGACGCGACCAUUGACCAGGAGCUUGGAUACUACAGCGGAGAUGCUUCGGAUGCCGAGUCCGUCCUUGCGGCUAUCGCUCCUACCUCUCAAACAACACUGAGCAAAAGAGGAAAAUCAAAGUCCUCGUUGCUCGGCAGUCUCGUCAGUGGGGCUAAGAAAGUUGCCAGUAGUGCCGUCAAGACUCUCGCUGCACCAGUAGCAAAGGCAGCCGAGAAGCUCUUACCUCCUGCUAUAGUAAAGGCUGGCAAGGACACUCUCAGCACGCUAAAGUCCGCAACUUCUGCUGCCCUGUCGUUCAUCCCCCCUAUCACUCUUUCGAAAUCUCUGACGGUCCCCUUCAACCUGGGUCCCGCCCAGAAUGAUCCCUCGCCCUGGGGUAUGCAGUACAAGUUUUUCGAAUACAGCCCAGAUGCCAAGAAAGAUGCCUCCAUGAUCGCCGCUACGCAAAAGUCGCUCAACAGCAUGUCGAAGUCACUGAAUGGUGUCUCGAAUCCUAGGCCUGGUAUCCAGAUGUUCUGCGUCGAUUGCGGUAUCAAGGGUACAUUCCAGACAGUUGGCACCGUCUCUGCUAGUGCGGCCAAGGGCGUCACUCGUUGUGAUGUCAGCCUGACUGGUAACCUGUAUGCAGGCGUCUUUGUCGGCGUCAACGCAUUCGCAGCUUACGAAAAGAACGUUGACAAGAAUCUACUGAACAAGGGGUUGCCGUCACUGUCCAUACCCGGCGUGGCUGUCAUAGGACCUAAGCUCACAGUGGCUAUCAACAGCAAUCUCAAGGUGCAAGCCGCUGGACAGAUGCUUGUUGGUGCUUCGAUGAACUGGCCCAGCAUCAACGCCAAACUAGAUCUCCUCGACAAAUCCAAGUCGACCCAGAGUGGAUUUACUCCUGAUAUUACGAAAAAGUUUGAUGCUUUUGGAGAUGUUACUGCCUCCGCUAGUCUCUCGCUGCCGGUCACGUUCUUCUUCGGAGUUGACAUUAUGAAUGGCGCAUACACAAAGGGUGUCUCCCUUGUCGAUGUUCCAGCCGUGAGCGCAUCGGCCGAACUCGCCAUUGCUGCAAGCUAUGGUACCGGAGCUGCUAACAGUGUCACCAGUUCUACUGGAUGUUUUGGUAUCAAGUACGGCAUUGAUCUCUCCAACGAUCUAUCAGUCCAUCUCCUGGACGUCAGCACUUUUACUCUAAACUCAUACAAGAAGAACCUAGGUAGUGGAUGUCUCGGACGCGCUGUUCCUACCGUAAAGCGAUCUUCUUCCUCGUCGGCGGCCCCGACUUCCACAGAGGAGUCCACUCCCGAUGCCACUUCAGAUGCCGGCACCUCCACACCGACUGAUGACGCGGGAUCCAGCCCAUCUUCCGGAACUGACAGCGGAGGUAGCGCGUCUACCACCGUAGAUUCGGGAGACUCACCUGCGCCUACCGAUAGUAGUAGCCAGCCCACCACCUCUGACUCCGGACUACCCGAUGCCGGAAGUACUCAAGCUGACAGUGGAAGCGCGCCUACUUCGAGUACUGUUGCAGGUAGCGCACCGACGUCUAAUGCUGGUGCAAAUAGCGCGCAGACAACUUCAAACGUCGUCUCGUCUAAACCUGCAGUCGGAAGCGGUGCUGCAACCACACAGCAGUCAUCAUCUACAACCACAACCACCAAUACUGCACCCACUCCGAGCGCUUUGAAGUGUGGCGACUUCUAUACUGCAGAUGAUGGUACCUACUAUCAGGUACAAUGUGGCUUCGACAUCCCUGGCCACGACAUUCAACAUGUUCCUUACUCCAACUUAUCUUCCUGUAUCGAUGCCUGCGCAGAUUAUGGCUCAGGAUGUGCUGGAGUCAUUUGGGUUCAACGUGGCCAGGAUGCUCAGAACUGUUGGUUCAAGAGCUCGGUAAGCAACAAAGGAAGCAUCCCUUCGGGUCUGACUCUCUUCGCCGCUACCCCUGUCAAGUAUGCUCCAAUGGCUUCUUGCCCAGGUGCAGAUGGUACCACCUUUGUCGACGCCCAGAAUCAGGUCUAUCAGAUCAAGUGCAACACUGACCUUCAAGGCUUCGACCUCGGUGGUCUGACUGGCUACACAAACAUGGAAAGCUGUGUAAACUAUUGUGAUGGCAACAUCGACUGCAUUGGUGUUUCGUAUGCUUACAGCGGCACUUACAAGACACCCCUCUGCUACCCCAAGUAUCAGAUCACAGAUAUGCCGCUCAAUACCACCAGAUUCAGAUACAAGGUCGACUCUGCUGUCAAGAUGAACAGACCAGCCAAGAAGGCUCUUGGCUCUUGUCCUUCCAUUGACGGUUCAACCUUCUACGACAAGGCAGGACUGUACUACUCUAUCAAGUGCGGCCUUGACUACGAAGGCAAUGAUAUCAUCCAAAAAGAUGGCGUCACUACACUCGAGCAGUGUAUCAACGCUUGUGAUGCUACCACUGGAUGUACUGGUGUCGGCUUUGCCCACGAUGGCUACUACGGAAACAACCCUGGUUGUUACCUGAAGAGCGCCCAAUCAAGCAACCCCAUCAACAGUACUACUGAUCUCUCUUACAUUGUUGACUCCGCCUUCUUGAUCAGCGGACUGGUGAAGAAGAGAGAUGUGCCGGUCGACGUGAAGGUCGUUUCGUCGUCCUCUACAGCGUCCGCCCUAGUCUCGCUAUCUUCUACCGUUAGCAGCAGAUUAGUCAGCUCCUCUGCAGCGUCGUCAUUCCUAACAUCGACAUCUUCAAUACUAUCUUCGACGUCUCCUACAACAUCGACGAAGAUCCCAACGAGUUCACCCGUGACGAGCACUGCCAGCCUCACUUUGAGUAGUUCGAGCACCAUGUCCCGCUCCUCGACCUCAUCAUCUGCGAGUUCAUCUGCAAGCGCAGUAGCCGACAACUCCACCAACAUUGUCAUCACGGACACCACCUUCCAAUUGCAGCUUACGUCAUCUGAUGAUGGUAAUUUGCACAUGUCCCCGAACUUCACCGCUGCGAAUUUCGCCUCAGAUGGAGUUAUUGCCCUUGGUGACUCUGACGGCGAUCUCUUUGUCUACUACCCCGAUAUGAUGUCUGCUUACGGAGCCUCUCGCUUCCGUCUUGCUGGCUGGGGUGAGAUUCCUCAUGGUGCGCGUUUGUUGACCCUCACACCGUUCAAGAGCGGCCAGACUACGGUUCUGAUGGCGGUUGACACGCUUGGCAACUUCUUCUUCCCUGUUUUGUGUGCUUUCGAGACUGCACAGCAGGCAAAGGUCUUCCUCGUAAAGGAUCCUACAGCCGAUCUCAGCUUCAUCGCGGACCCUGCUCUGAGAUUCAUCAUGACUGGUGGUGUUGUCAGUCAGUGCACUUCGCUUGCGCUGACAUCCAAGAGUCUUCAGGCACUGGCGUAG